UGAAAAUAGUACCACAUACGCACAACCAUUAUAAACAAGGUUUCGAGGUGAAAUUGGAUUACAUAUUAUUUUGUACUGCUCGUUUUACCACAAAACACUCUCCUGUUGAUCAAGACGCGCCUGCCCAAGGCACCGCAGUUCAAAAACUGGAAGCGGAGUGAUACAGUAGGCUACACGAUCGUUCUACCCAGUUGUCAAACCGAGGGAGCGUACCUUUGAGCGAACAUGUCGCAUAGGCUGGGAAUGAAUACAGAAAUUGGAGCAAACAGCAGUAAAUUGAUGUGCUGAAAGGAUAUUUUAAAUACGGGGUCUAUAUUAUUGGUUUGAUUGCUGCGGUUCCACUGCAACUGAUGAAGAUAUUUUUCGUUUGCUCUCUUGGAGGAUAAAAAUAUGAUUAUUAUAGUACUCCGUUGCAGUGCCUAAGUUGUCAUUGUGCUGUCGGGGCGUGGUGGCAUGCGAUCCCCCUGAGUGAAACACCACCCUCCAGAGGUGACAGCAGGCAGGACAGGCAGCAGGAUGCCAGUGCAGGCAGCCCAAUGGACAGAGUUCCUCUCCUGCCCCAUCUGCUACAAUGAGUUUGACAGCAAUGGCCACAAGCCCAUCAGUCUGGGCUGCUCGCACACCGUGUGUAAGACCUGUCUGCACAAGCUGCACCGCAAGGCCUGCCCCUUCGACCAGACAGCCAUCAGCACUGACAUUGACCUCCUGCCUGUCAACUGUGCCCUGCUACAGCUGGUGGGAGCUCAGGUCCUGGAGUCCCAGCCUGUGACUCUGAGCAGUGCUGUGGAGUUAGAGCACUAUGAGGUGUGCCGGGUGUGUGUGGAGGAGCUGGCUCUCUAUCUCAAACCCAUCAGUGGAGGAAAAGGUGUGGUGACACUCAGUCCGAGCGCGCUCAGUCGACCCAUGCAGAGGAAGCUGGUGACACUGGUCAACUGCCAGCUGGUGGAAGAGGAGGGGCGGGUACGUGCGGUGCGGGCAGGCCGGUCACUAGGGGAACGUACCGUCACAGAGCUCAUCCUGCAGCACCAGAACCCACAGCAGCUCUCUGCCAACCUGUGGGCCGCCGUCAGGGCACGGGGAUGCCAGUUCCUGGGGCCUGCGAUGCAGGAGGACGCUCUAAAGCUGGUGUUGCUGGCCCUAGAGGACGGCUCAGCUCUGUCCAGGAAGGUACUGGUGCUGUUUGUGGUCCAGAAACUGGAGGCUAGGUUUCCUCAGGCCUCCAAGACCUCCGUCGGACACGUGGUCCAGCUGCUCUACAGAGCCUCCUGCUUUAAGGUGACCAAGCGUGACGAGGACUCGUCGCUGAUGCAGCUGAAGGAGGAGUUCCGUACCUACGAGGCCCUGCGCCGCGAGCACGACGCCCAGAUCGUGCACAUCGCCAUGGAGGCGGGGCUCCGUAUCUCACCUGAGCAGUGGUCCUCCCUGCUCUACGGAGACCUCAUCCACAAGUCACACAUGCAGUCUAUCAUUGACAAGCUCCAGUCCCCAGAGUCCUUUGCAAAGAGUGUCCAGGAGCUGACGAUAGUUCUACAGAGAACAGGAGACCCUGCCAACCUGAACAGCCUCAGACCACACCUGGAACUACUGGCCAACAUCGACCACAACCCAGACGCGGCGUCUCCGUCGUGGGACGAGCUGGAGGGCGUGGUGCUGGCGGUGAAGGUGAUGGUCGACGGCCUGGUGGAGUUCACACAGAACUUCAGUAAGAAGAGCCACGAGACACCGCAGCCGCAGCCCAACAGCAAGUACAAGACCAGUAUGUGUCGAGACCUCCGGCAGCAGGGUGGCUGUCCCCGAGGAUCCAACUGCACCUUCGCACACACACAGGACGAGCUAGAGAAAUACAGAAUGAGAAACAAGAAGAUCAGUGGUGUGGGCCGGCCCUUCCCCCUAGCCCAGGGGAGUAUGGGUAGUGAGGGGGGCGACUCAGGAGAGGAGGCCUGCGCUGGGGGACUGAAGGGCUCAGACAAGGUGGGAUCGGGGUCCCUAACAGAGGGGUCCACACACCCCCAGCUCAUCCCCAGGGGAGGCAACAUGAUGGAGGAGAUGAAGAGGGAGAGGUCUGUUGUUAACGGAUCCAACGGACUCACAGGCUCCAGCCGCUCCUCAUCUGGCUCCUUGGAACAAAAGACUGUUUCUCCUCCAAAGACGCCUGUCAACCACUCCUCAGCUCCUUCUCCCCAUGGUCCGGGGUCUAGGGUAGAGUGUGGCUCUGGUCAUCCCAAACAAGGGCACUUCCUAAUGAGAGGACCCUCUCACCAGCCUCCUCCCCACCAGCCUCAGUCCUCUGAACUGUACUACCAGGACCCCCGACCUCCCUACGACACACAACCCUACCAGCCAGCCAGUAACUACUACACCUCUACAAUGCACCACCACAAACCCUGCAUGGCCCGCUUCCUGCGUUCCAGCCACGUCCUCGAGUCCUCUCUGCCGCCUUCCAUGGCCCCUCCGUACUCCGAGCAGCACUCCUCCUUUCCCCCACCACGGGAACGCGUGGGUCCUUCUCCCUACGGCCCCCUGCCGGCCCCCCAGUACGGGCCCCUGGCCCCGGCCCAUGGAGGCUACGCUCCCCUGUAUGACAGUCGGCGUAUGUGGAGACCCCAGCUGUACCACCGCGAGGACGCCAGGAGUAACUCCCUGCCUCCAGAGGUGCUGCACUCCUCUGUGUACCAGCCCCCCCUCCGAGAGAGAUACGCCUCCCUGGACAGUCCCUACUGCUCGGCGGGGGAGCACAGAGCAGCGCUGCACAGGGACUCUUAUGGGCGUGUUCCUCUUGGAUACGAGGAUCUGUUCAAGCGGAAACAAGAGCAAUGGACACACCAUCACCACGGCAACAUGAACAGGCCCUCCCAGUCCUCCCCCGUCUUCACCGUAGACUUUGGUGCAGAGCAUGACAGUGGAGGUGAUCAGUGUAUGAACUGUAAGUACCGGGGUGAGGAGCGUCUGGCCCACUACUCUCCCUGGUCCUGUGGAACCAUCAGUACCUGCAUCAGCCCCUUUGAACCAGAGCAUCACAACGCCUCAGCUCCCUCCUGCUCCGAACACUCAGAAGUAGAUAAUGGCGAAAGGAAACGGUGGCUCCACACAUUUGAGCCGUACCGCCGUCUGAAAGACGAGGAUCCCAUCAUCCCAUUUGGAGAGGGACCCAUCAUCUCGAAAUGGGGGGCUAUCUCCCGCGCCUCCCGUACAGGGUACCACACCACUGACCCCGUCCAGGCCACAGCCUGCCAGGGAAGCAACAGCACCACCCCCGUCAACUUCAGAGAUUAUGGCCCACACAUCGGUCACGGUGACUACAGGUGGAGCUCCUGUGGGUCUGACUCGUCCAGCCACUCUAGUUUCCUAGAGAGUGACCAGCUGGGAGUGUGUGAGCUUUCUGCCCGUGAGCGGUCCUUCGGCAGUGGAGAGAAGGCUGGUGCAGGAGGCCUGCUGCAGACUGACUACUGUAAAGACACGACAGAGAGCGAACCGGACAGAGACAUUGAGCUGGAGCUGUCUGUACUAGACAUGGAGGACAUUGACCUGCAGGACAACAGUCAACAAUCUGAGGAGUCCCUUGAGCUAAGGGACCCCCACCUUCUCACCCCUCCCAGCAGUGAACCCCAGAGGAGUCAGACGGACAAGCUGUCCGCUGACAAGAUGGAGGCUCACCUGUUGAAGAAGAUGGCCUUCAGGAAGUCUCUCUCCCCUGGAGGUCUGGGCUCGGGAGGCCUCAGUGUGGGGAAGCUGAUGAUGAGAACCGGCCCUCCAAGGCUUGGGGACAUGGGCCCUCGCCCCAACACAGGCCCUGAGAUGCUGCUCAACGGCAGUUGAGAGGGCAGAGACACCCCACCGCUACAAAGCUCCUAGAGCUGCUGUCACAGUAACAUCUUAGGGUCGUAAAGGCCUGUAUCACCAGACACCGAUCAGGUAUCCCCCCCCCAAUAUCACUAGUAAAAAGGGUACAUGCUGUACAGUAUGCUCCUUUAGACGACAGCGAGUGUCGUUUUCGAACUUGACAAAGAGAGACUUCUGGUUGAGACACAAACACCAGUAGGCUUCAUUGUAUUUCCUCUUUUCUCACCCGGCAAGGUUUUCAAUCAAUUGGUUUCUUUUUUUUUGUCCUUGGUUUUGAUCAUAUGCUUGUGUGACCUGCUCGCUCUCCACUGCCUUCAGGGAUGGUGCUGAUGGUGUUUAAAAUAUCUUCAUAUGGCAUCCGAUAGUCUUCUAUUCAUUAGUUCUACAAGGAUCAUACGGUGACGAAGGUGCUCGGCACUAUCGGGUGUGAAGGCUAUCGGUAUCUGUUGAUAUCGGAUGAUAACAAUAACAAUACAAUACUAUGUAUCUGUCGUCAUAGGAAUGAUAUUUGCAUGUCGAAAAUUCCAAGUCUUUACUUUCAAAAGGAGAGUGCUAGUUGAACAGGGUUCAUAGGUCAUGAAAGAUGUUAAAAAAAGAAAGGAACUUAAAAAAAGAAAGGAACAGGAAGACUGUGUUACCCUGUGUGCAGUGUCAUUUGUUGGUCUCGAGCAUUUCAUAGGCGAGAUUCAAGAUGAUAACGAUCAGUCAGAUAUCUCACCGGUGUCACCGCAGUCACGUGUGUGCACAAUUGUGGCCUUUCUUUCUUUCCUAGCCGUUUGUAAAAUAUCCCCUUAUAUUUAGGCCUAGCCAUCGGAUGAAUUUGUGGAAAACGCCAAGAAGUCCAACAUGCAUCAGCAAUCCUAAAUAUGAUCGACAGAUGCCACCGUCAUGUAUGGCUAUAGUCUGAGCAGCUGCAUCCAGUGAUUGAAUCGUACUUAUCUACUGUACUGUAUAUGAAAUAAUACAUCAUACUGACAUUUAUCUGUGCCCUCGAAUCUCAUGACAUAUCAGCUCUUUUUUAGUUCUGUGCAUCAAACUCAUAACCUGAGUUUACUAUAAUAGAGGAUCAGCAAAUCACCAGGUGAAUCUAGUGUUCCUUCAUGCUGCCUUUGUUUUGUCUCUGUUCUAACUUUUUACAAAAUGUGUUUCGUUGUUGUUUUCUUUGAAGCAUUGCUAACUUCCGUGAAGUUGUUUGUCAAAAUAUUUUGUAUCAGGAUCUCUGUUUUGUUUUGUUUUUGGUUGUCGUUUUUUUUUUUAAAGAAAUGAAACCAA